UUUUCUAUCAAUAAAUACUUUGUGAACUUUGCAACUCAUAUCCCUCCGCUCGGUCUCUUUGCUAUUCGGCACGGCAAUUUUGUGAAUUUGCCAUCAUGUCUGCAGAUCUCCAGUGGCAGAUCAUCAGGAAGAACUCCUGCUUCCUCGUCAAGGGAAAUGGAGUCACUUUCACCAAGGAACCCAACAACCUGACUGGGCGUAACUCAUUCCGUUACAAUGGUUUGGUACACAAGAAAACCGUUGGUGUUGAGGCCUGCUCCGAUGGAAAGGGGGUUGUCGUGGUGACCAGGAAAUCAACUGGGGCAAGGAAACCAUCCAAGAGUUUCAGCCGGGUUGAGCUGAAGAGGGGCAGCCGCCGAUCCCUUGACACCAUCAGAAAGACGCUACGCACUAACCGUUACCGUAAGGACCUGAAGAUGCCCGCCCUACGACGCGCCAGUGCCAUUCUCUACAGUCAGCGACCCAUUGUCCUAAAGAAAAAGGCCCCAAGGAAGAAGAGGGAAUAGAUUGUUUAAUGUAUUGUGUACAGAAUAAAUAACUUGAAAAUGA